AUGCCUCUACGCGCCAAGGUGACGAACCCUGCCUUCCGCGCAGCUGCUUCGAUGUCUACCUCUCCUGACAUCCCCAAAGAACUUCCCGGUGAUGAGCCUGACGAUGUUUUGUUCAACUCCAUCUACGGUCUCCGAAGCAUUGAGCUCAACCGCCCUAAGAAGCUCAACUCCCUCAAUGGCUCGAUGGCUCGCAAGAUUUUCCCUCGAUUGAAGGAAUGGGAAAAGUCUCACCUCGCAAACGUUAUCCUCAUCUCGGGAGCUGGAAACAAGGCGCUCUGCGCUGGAGGUGAUGUGGCCGCUCUGGCCUUGCAGAACGAGCAGGGAGCAGAGGGACAACGUGAAUCUACGGACUUCUUUGGACUCGAAUAUCGUCUAGACCACACGAUCGCUACAUACUCGAAACCUGUUAUCUCUUUCAUGGACGGAAUUACAAUGGGUGGUGGUGUCGGCCUCAGCAUGCACGCUCCUUUCCGUAUUGCGACUGAGAAGACUGUUUUCGCCAUGCCUGAGACUACGAUUGGUUUCUUCCCCGAUGUCGGUGGCUCGUUCUUCCUCCCGCGACUGGACGGCGAGACCGGUACCUACCUCGCCCUGACUUCGGAGCGCCUGAACGGCGUGCAAGCUCUGUACUCUGGUAUCGCUACCCACUUCCUGCACUCCAGCGUUCUCAGCAACAUGACCCAGCGUCUUUCGGAGCUGGUCUUCCCCGAUCACGUUGGCCUGCCCGAGCGGUUGAACAUUGUCAACAAGACCAUGGCCGAGUUCUCUCUUGGACUUCCCUCUCUUCAAGAGGAGCCCAUUCUCCUGGCCGGUCCCCUGCGCUCUGCCAUUGACCGCUGCUUCAAGUUCAACACCGUCGAGGAAAUCAUCCAAGCCUUGGAGAGCGAGACCGAGCAGAAAGAGUGGGCCCAGAAGACCCUUGAAACCCUGUCUAGCCGCUCCCCAACUUCUCUCAAGGUGACCCUCCGCCAGAUGCGCCUUGGCAAGAAGUGGAGCAUCACCGAGACCUUCCAACGCGAAUAUGAGGUUGCUGCCAAUUUCAUGCGCCACCCUGAUUUCGUUGAAGGUGUUAAGGCCCGUUUGAUGUCCAAGCCCCCUCGCCAGGCCACCUGGCAACCGGCUACUCUGGCCGAAGUUUCCAACGAGACCGUUGAUAAGUUCUUCACCAUUCCCGAAGGGGAGAGCCGUCUGACCCUUUUGAGCGAGGGUGACUACAACCGCUACCCGCACGAACGGUUUGGCCUGCCUUCCGAGGCCGAGAUCGAGAAGUUUGUCCGUAGCAAUGGCCAGGGCCAGAACCAGGUUAUUCAGGAGUUUGAUAGUCGAUGGAACCAGAAGGAUGGUGUGCGUGAGAAGGUCUCUGAAGUUUUGGCCCGGCGGACAAAGAGCACUCCUCAAGGUCUGGAGUGGAUUGAGUAA